AUGCUUGUCGAGAUGGAGUCUCUACUUAGUAGUGUAGCUCCUCUUGCUCAUACGGCACGAGAGUACUUGAGGAGAGGAGGAAGGCUGGCAAAGAGGGAAGAGAUUGUAGUAAAUCGCAAGGAAGAGGAGCGACUGAUAUACCCACGGAGAGCAAGCCUAGGUCAGGCUUGCGACGAGGCAGAUGAGCCAAGGUUCAAGCUCCGCCAUCGCAAUGUAUCCGAGAGUACCUGA